CCCCCUCUCUCCCUCUAAUCUUCAAACAAACUGGUGACGACGCGUCGUGUUAAGUUUUUAUUUAUCCACAGGGAUCUGUGAAUUUCAUUUCAGUUCGCUGAUCUUCAAGAAUGGCACUUUGUAAGGAAAAUUUUGGGUGUUCUUCCAUCGAGAGGGAAUACCACCCUACAGGAAAACCUAAACUUCAAGUUAGAACUGCCAACCGGGGAACAAAUUCUAUUAGACAAUUUUUCCGUAAUGUGUUUCUACCCCAAGGCUACCCUGAGAGUGUGAGUGAAGACUACCUAAGCUACCAGAUAUGGGACAGUAUUCAGGCUUUUGCCAGCAGCAUCACAGGAACAUUGGCCACACAAUCAGUUCUAAAAGGAAUCGGUGUUGGCAAUGAGCAGGCAACAGUCCUAGGAGCAACACUGACUUGGCUACUUAAAGACUGCACUGGAAUGUUGGGACAAAUCAUUUUUGCCUGGGUCCAAGGCACCAACCUUGAUUGCAAUGCCAAGAGAUACAGAUUGAUGGCGGAUAUUCUAAAUGACGUUGCUAUAUUCCUGGACAUUUUGGCAUCCCUGAUCCCAGCCCAGUUAUUUAUUUUUGUGGUGUGUCUAUCCAGUCUGUGUCGGUCAAUUGUUGGUGUUGCUGGGGCCUCGACACGUGCCGCACUCUCACAACAUCAGGCUCGCAGAAAUAACAUGGCUGAUGUAUCAGUAAAAGAUGGCAGCCAGGAAACUCUUGUGAACGUAACAGCUCUCCUCUUCAACCUUGUCUUGACUCCAUUUGUUUCAAAAUACAAACAGUUAGUUUUCUAUUUGUUCACCUUCUUCACAAUGUUACAUUUAUACGCCAACUAUUCUGCUAUCAAAUCUGUUACCAUGGAAACCAUCAAUCAGGCUCGUUUGUGCAUCCUGGUGCAGGAGUAUCUGCGAUCAUCCACGAUUUUAAAUGUGAAAGAAGUCAACAUGCAAGAACCAGUUAUCUUCGGAACUUAUCGGAAGAUGUCCAUCCAUUUAGGUUGUUCCAUAAAGAAUAUUUAUCCAGAUGAAAGCAUUUUAGCCAGUCUUAAAAAGAUUUAUAAAGAUUCUAAAUAUCUGGUGUUCACGGAUCUUGUAGAUGAUCAUAUAUACACCCUGCUCUGUAAUGGAAGCACUGUUGAACACCAAUUGGAAGGGUGUUUCCAGGCAGAAGUAAUAAACGCAGCCAUGGAUAACCUGAUAUCACCACAAAUUCUUGAACAGAACAAGACCCUCCAGAAGGUAACUCAAUCAGCCAGCGCCAGAAUUCCUCAGGAAGUGAUAAAAUAUUCCUUUGAAUACACAAAAGAGAAUUUUGGAAAUUUUAAGAAAUUGUUGCAGUCAAAACAUUGGAUAACAGACCGCCAUUUAUUAGGAGCUGACGAAUGGAGAGUGGAUUUAAUGAUGAAUAAAAAGAACGAUUGAGUCAAUCAGAUUAUAUGUUUCUGUAAGAGAGCAAAACUGACCAGAAUAAAUACAUUUAUAUCUAUA